AUGGAUGUUCCCGACGUCUCCUUCACAAGCUUUGGCUUGGUCGUCCUCGACGAAAUCCGCGUUCCAGGCCGAAAACCAUUGGCGGAUGUAGUCGGUGGUUCCGGAGCCUACAUCAAGGAUUUCAAGUACACUACACCGGUUCUUGCAGUCCGAGACAGCACCAUAGAGAGCACUGUACUUCUGAAGUCGAAAGUGUUUCACUACCUCCACACUCCCCAAGAUAUCGGACCCCGAAUCAAGGGCCUUCUGGGCAUGAGACAAAAGGCAGGCAUUUCGGAACGUCCUCUAAUAAUAUGGGAACCUGCACCACCGUCAUGCAAACCAGAAAACCUACAAACGUGCCUGGAAGCGGCAGCUCUGGUUGACGUGUUUUCUCCAAACCAUCUAGAAUUAGCUAAUUUUCUUGCGGAGUCACCAUCCGCCGCUCUGGACAAGCAUAGUAUCGAGAAAAUGGCCCUCAAAAUCCUGGACAGUGGAAUCGGCCCGGACGGAAGAGGGGUUUUGAUUGUCAGAGCUGGUGAGCAUGGCUGUGUUGUCACAUCACGCGAUCUCGCUCCCAAGUGGCUUCCGCCUUUCUAUCAGUCCGAGCCAGGAAAACAACAUGCGAAAGUGAUUGAUCCGACUGGAACGGGAAACGCGUUCUUGGGCGCAUAUGCUGUUGGCUAUCUCAAGACAGGAAGCGUUGUCGAGGCGGCUUGCUAUGGCUCUGUGGGAUCGACCUUUGCAUUGGAACAGGUUGGUAUGCCGAGCAAGAGCAAAGAUGGACAUGAAGAGCUCUGGAACGGUGUCAACGUCUUUUCGAGGCUUGAUGAGUAUAUGUCCAAUGUGGAUAUCAGGAAAGAUCAGCUUGAGAUUGCUUGA